CCCCCCCCCAUCUCUCCCUUCCCGUAUCCAUGGGAACAGCUGCAGAAGUGAGGGGCGGGGCGGCGUCCGAAUCCACCAAUCAGCGCGCAGCUCGCCGCACGGUUUAAACUCUGCCAAUGAGCGGCGGCUCUCCAGUGUUGUGCUCAGGUAGACGAAGUCUCUUCUCUGGCAAAGAUGGCGGCGGCCGUGUCCGUUAGAGGCUCCGGGAGACCGGCUGCGGGGGGGUCCUGGGGUAAGGAGGACGAUGACGGGGAGGUGUUCCUGAAGGAAGACGAGCGGGAGAAGCGGCUGGAGCCGCACGAGGUCCGGAGCCGGGUGGAGAGGAUGAAGCGGGAGGUGAAGAACCGGAGGAAGAUUCUCAUCAAGGGUCUACCGGGGGACGUCACCAACCAGGAGGUCCACGAUCUUCUCCGAGACUACGAGCUGAAGUACUGUUUUGUGGAUAAAUAUAAAGGCACCGCCUUUGUAACACUACUGAAUGGAGAACAGGCAGAAUCUGCCAUCCGCCGCUUCCACCACACGCGCCUUCGAGAACGUGAGAUGUCUGUCCAGCUGCAGCCCACAGACGCCCUGCUCUGCAUUGCCAACCUGCCAUCCGGCUACACCCAGCAGCAGUUCGAGGACCUGGUGCGCCCAUUCGGCAACGUAGAGCGAUGCUUCCUGGCGUAUAGCGGAGUGACCGGGCGACCCAAGGGCUACGGAUUCGUAGAGUACAUGAAGAAAGACUCCGCCUCUCGAGCCAAGUCCGAUCUGCUGGGCAGACAGCUGGGAUCCCGCACCCUGUAUGUGCACUGGUCGGAUGUCAGCCAGCUCACCUAUGACCUGCUUCACUCCCGCUGCCUGUGCGUGGACCAUCUGCAGGAGUGCGACCCCAUGGAGCUGAAGGAGGCCUUCUCCAAAGUCUCUGCACCUUCCUUCUGUCAGCUGGCUUAUGGACAGGACGGUCAGUAUAAAGGCUUUGGCAUUGUGGAAUAUGACUCUGAUAUGGUGGCUGAAGUCGUACAGCAGCAGAUGGAUAACUCCUUAGUGGCCGGAGGACGUGUCCGGGUCUCCUUCUGUGCCCCGGGGCCUCCAGGAAGGAGCAUGUUGGCGGCACUAACCGCAGCACAAGCAACGGCAUUGAAUCGUGGGAACGGCCUCCUGCCUGAGCCAAACCUUUUGCAACUCCUGAACAGCCUGGGCUCUCCUGCUACACUACAGCUUCUACUCAACCCUCUGCUGAACGGAGCCGGGAACAAGCAAAGUCUGCAUCAGGGACUCCUUGGUGCGGCACCCGCUGUCUCCCUACUCGCUAACCCUGCCCUGUCUACCACCCUCCUGCAGCUGGCACUGCAGGCACAAACCCCCACACAGAAACCUGGAAUUCUGGGCGAUUCUCCCCUUGCUGCCUUGUAUGGAGCGCUGGGUCUGUCUCCUCAGCUCACACCGCCACCAGGGAAAUCGCCACUACUUCCUGACCUUGGAUUAGGGGGCGCUCUUCCACCAGUCGGAAUGUCUUCUGACUUGGGGACUUCUUCCCUGCAGCCAUUUCUCGGACCUGAAUGGGACAGCCCCCCUCCAACUCCAGCUUUGGGCUCCAUGCUUGGUGGGUUGCCAAAGACUUCAGAGACGGGGAUGUCCCUCCUCGGAGAGCCCCCCAGGGAUCUGAGCAUCCAUUCCGGUCCUUACAUGAACUUCCACAGCAGGAUCCCCAGCACAGGUUCAUUGUGUACCACCAAUAAGCAGGCAUCUUUCAAGCAGAAGGCAUCAGGAAACAGAGUUCCUCUGGCGUCUUUGCAAGAGUCUAUGCUGACACAGACAGAAGGAUAUCCCUUUGACUUGCAGGCUGAGCUGCACCCUCGUUCCUUUUCAGAAAGCAGAGACCAUAUUGUGCCAAGCCUAAGUGCCUAUGAGCCAAGGAAUAAGGUUAGUGCCCCCUCAAGAUUUCGGGAGAGAAGCAGUAGUAUGCCGGCUCCUCUGCCUCCUUUCACUGCUGGAUCACCUACCUCGUACUUCACCAGUGGCUUGCAGGCUGGGCUCCAGCAGACGCAUAUGAUUAAAGGUCUGGGAAGGCGUCCGAACAGUCCUGGGGGAGUCCCAUUAGAUUAUGAGGAUCAGAGUCUGCCAUCAGGAAACUCGUGUAAGACUCCCAUAGGAGCACAGAAGCGCGGCUUUUCACACUUGAUCCCAUCCCCCGAGCCUAGUCCUGAAGGGGGCUACGUCGGACAGCACUCACAAGGCCUGGGCGGGCACUACGCAGACUCUUACAUGAAGCGCAAAAGGAUAUUCUAGCUGCUGCAGCCUGUCACUGACCGCGCCAAAGUGCCUGCUGCUCUAUCGCAUUUAAAGGGAUUAUCCCAAGAGUAAAAUGCAUCGCCUACCCACAGGAGUAGUACCCACAGGAGUAGCUAAUUUCUGCAGUCCCAUGAAAAAUUUAAAAGGGGGUUAUCCAGUGUUUCCCUAAAAAUAUGGUGCUCGGGCUGGGAUAUGAAAAUAAAAACAUGCUUUACUCACCCUUUCCCCCCCUGUAGCUCCCGUUCAGCUCCAUCAGAUUCCCUCUAAUCUCUACUUCAGUGUCUCCCAACCAGGAUGCCUCCA